CGACCGUCUACACCUGGACCCAAUCCCAUAGUUCUCUCUGCUUUCGUGACACGCAGACAUGCUUCAAUCCUCCCUAGAACACGACGGUGCAAUCCCUUUUGGGCGGUCAGUUUGUGCUGCUACCGAGUUCUUGGUCGACGUUCCCGCUAUUCAGCCACAGAUCGAGACCCCAUCCUCGGAGAAUGAAGACGAUGGUAGCCCGGCUGCCGUUCCGUUUCCCAUCGCCAUCAUCGGCAUGGCCAUGCGACUCCCGGGGGGAGUGACCAACGAGGCAGAAUUCUGGGACUUCCUCGUCAACAAAAGAGAUGGCCAUUGCCGGGUGCCGGCGGAUCGUUACAACAUUGAUGCAUUUUAUCACAAAGACGGUCUUCCGGGCACCAUCCGAACGGAGCAUGGGUACUUCCUGCAGCAAGAUAUCUCGCAGGUCGACAUCAGUUUCUUCGGCAUGACUAAGGUGGAGGCUUCCAAGCUGGAUCCACAGCAGAGGUUGUUGCUGGAAGUCGUCUGGGAGUGCAUGGAAAACGCUGGACAGAGAGACUGGCGGGGGACUAACGUGGGCUGUUACGUGGGCAGUUUCGGCGAAGACUGGCUCGACCUGGCCAGUAAAGACACGUUAGCCAUUGAUCGCUACCGCGUCAUGAGUGCGGGGGAUUUUGCGCUGGCCAACAACGUCUCGUACCAAUAUGACCUCCGGGGCCCCAGCGUCGUCUUCCGGACCGGUUGUUCGUCUUCCAUGGUCGCUCUCCAUGAGGCAUGUCAGGCUCUCUAUUCUGGCGAAUGCUCCUCAGCCUUGGUGGCAGGAACGAAUCUCAUCAUGACCCCGACGAUGACAACUACCAUGUCCGACAACAUGGUCCUGUCCCCCAGCGGGAUCUGCAAAACAUUCGAUGACGCUGCGGACGGCUACGGCCGAGGAGAGGCCAUCAACGCGAUUUUGAUUAAACCCCUGGAUGCAGCCUUGAGAGACGGAGAUGCCAUUCGUGCCGUGAUUCGAUCCACCUCGGUGAACUGCGAUGGCAAGACUUCCAGCAUCACCACCCCUGGCUCCCAGGCGCAGGAGCGGUUAAUCCGCAACGCGUAUCGGAAAGCGGGCGUUGAGGAUAUCGGUAAAACCGCGUUCUUUGAAUGCCACGGGACAGGAACCAUAGUUGGAGACACGGCGGAAACCUCGGUGGUUGCCAAGAUCUUUGGCAACGAUGGCAUCUACAUGGGUGCGGUCAAACCAAAUGUCGGUCACUCAGAAGGAGCCUCGGGUAUCACGAGUGUGAUCAAAUGUGUUCUGGCUUUGGAAAAUAAGACGAUACCCCCUAAUGUGUACUUUGAACAGCCCAAUGCUAAGAUCCCUUUUGAACAAGCGAAGCUUCAGGUGCCAACUGAGGCAACGCCAUGGCCAAGCGACCGACACGAAAGAGUUAGCGUCAACUCGUUUGGAAUCGGGGGUACCAAUGCGCAUUUGAUCAUGGAAUCGGCCGCUUCCGUGCUCGGAAACCAGUCUGAAGAUGAGAUUGAACCAAGCCCGACGCGUGAAAUGGCUCACCUGUUAAUUCACUCAGCCAAGACUCCUACAUCCUUGGAGGCGAACAUACAAACGAUCGAUGUUUAUCACAAAGCUCACGAGGCGGCCGAUAGCGAUCUCGCCUACACCCUCGCCUUUCGCAGGGAACAGCUUACCCACCGUGCUUUUUCUAUAAUUGGCACGGAUGGAGCUCUUCAGACAUGUGCUCGGGCCCGAGCCACAAAUCCUAACAUCGUCUAUGUCUUCAGCGGCCAGGGAGCCCAGUGGCCUGGAAUGGGAAGAGAGCUAAUCUAUAAAUCAGUUCGGUUCCGAGAUGACAUUCGCGACCUUGAUAAGCACUUACAGCGACUCACAAACUCUCCUUCCUGGACCAUUGAAAAUGAAUUACUCAAGUGCGAUCAUGCAAGCCGAAUGAGCGAAGCGAGAUUAUCCCAGCCGCUGUGUACAGCAAUCCAAGUUGCUCUUGUGAACCUUCUUCGGGAAUGGGGCGUUACACCAUCACUGGUAGUGGGCCAUUCGAGCGGAGAGAUAGCUGCUGCUUACGCAUCAGGCGCGAUCUCGGCAGAAACAGCAAUAGCGAUUGCGUAUAACCGUGGCCAAGCUGUUGAUGCCGUCAGAACUCCAGGUGCCAUGGCGGCCGUUGGACUGGGCGCUGAGGAAGCUAAGCCCUUCAUCAGAGAAGGUGUGGUCGUCGCAUGUGAGAAUAGCCCGAGAAGUGUCACGCUUUCCGGUGACAAGGAAAUCCUGGAAGAUAUUAUUUGUGAGCUUGAAGUCGAGGAGAUAUUCUGCCGUCGUUUGGCUGUCAACGUUGCUUAUCACUCCCACCACAUGAAAGCAAUUGGUGAAACCUUUGAGCAGAUGUUGCCCAACAUGGAGUUCAAUGCCACCAUGAUCCCCCUCUAUUCGACAGUCAUAGGUGAAAUAAUCACAAAACCUGAUCAAUUAACUGCUGCAUACUGGCGACAGAACCUGGAAUCCCCGGUUCUUUUCAGCACUGCAGUUCAGGAUUUGCUAAAGGCUUCCUCUGGGACUCAUACGAUUGUUGAGAUUGGUCCUCACUCAGUGCUCGAGGCACCUUUGCGCCACAUAUUUGCCCAAGUGGACGAGAAAAAGAGACCCGAGUAUACCCCGACCUUGGUCAGAGCAAAGGAACCUUGGACAUGCCUUCUGAGGACAGUCGGUCAUCUGUACAUAACCGGUAUCCCUGUUGACUUGACUGGAGUGAUUCCUCGAGCCAAGACCCUGACCAAUCUUCCCCCAUACCAAUGGACGCAUGAUGAACGCUUUUGGAGCGAAACCCGAAUGGCCCAGGAUUGGCGGUUGCGGCGAUCACGUCACCACGAACUUCUAGGCUCGCGCACCCUCGACUCCACAAAUUUGGAGCCGAUAUGGAGAAACCUGCUACAAUUAGACAAUGCUCUGUGGCUUCUGGACCAUAGAAUAUCUGGUGAAGUCGUGUUUCCUUGCGCCGGUUAUGUCGCAAUGGUGGGGGAAGCCACUCGUCAGAUAUCAGACAGAGAUGACUAUACCAUUAGGAACCUCUUUAUCAGGACCGCCCUGAUUCUUUCCAGUACCGAGUUCAGUGGUAUAGAACUGAUCACCUGUCUUCGCCCUCUGAAGUUGGCAGACAACGUCGAUUCCCACUGCUAUGAAUUCACGAUUAGUUCCUAUCAGAAUGAGACAUGGACCAAACACUGUGUCGGACAAGUCCGUCCCGGAUCUCUUCGCGAGCAUCCAGAAUCCUCUAUUCAUCCCUACCUACGAGAGGUAUCACCCGAAAAAUGGUAUGCUGCGUUGCAUGCCCACGGCCUAGAGUACGGAGAUCAUUUCCGUGGUCUUCGGAAAAUCACUGCAAGCCCCUCAAGCAGCCAUGCAGCUGCGGAGCUACGGGACACUGAAGCUUACUAUGUAAGCGACUAUGCGCUUCACCCCAUUCUUAUUGACCAAUGCCUACAGCUGCUGAGUGUGGCCGCCACUCAAGGUGUCAGUCGUCGCAUGACUCGACUGUGUAUCCCAACUGCGAUUCAGGACCUCUAUGUUGCCCACGCUCGUGAUACCAUGCAACUGGAUGUUUCAUGUGAUAUGACAGGCGGAAUGAUGACCGGGGAGGCUUUGUUGACUUGUCAGAACCGUGUGGUCCUAUCUAUGCAGCGCGCGACGUUUUUCGGUAUAUCGGAGUCUGCUCUUGAAGAUACACAGGCUCCCUUGUUGUCCACCGUAGAAUGGAAACCACACGUCAACUUUACGCCGGUUGACAUUCUACUCCCUCCUAUCGAGAAGGGCCUAUUCCCAGGAAAAGUGAUGGCGGAACUUGUCGGAUUAUUUAUCGUUGAGACCUAUCACAGAACCCGCUCAGCUUCUCCAAAACAAGAUCACCUUAAGAAAUACCUCUCGUGGAUUGAAAAGACCUACUUCCAGAUCUGCGAUGACAAAGCAACCCUGGUUCCAGAGAUGAGGGACAAAUUCGUCCACAAUCCGACAGCCCGACUCCCAUACCUCGAGGCAACCCUGAGCAAUCCGCAUCACCCUUUGUUAGCAGCCCCGUUUGAAUUGGGCGAGAGAAUCCUCUCAUCUAUCAACGAUCUCUUGGAAGACAAGGUGAAUCCUCUGGAUCUACUGAUGAAGGAUGACGGACUUCAACGGCUGUAUGGACACAUGCCUUCCAUAACUGAGUGGGAGAAGUAUCUCGCGGCCCUGGCAUUUUCGAAACCAGCCCUGCGAAUCCUGGAAGUUGGUGGAGGCACUGGUGGCACUACCUCACUCGCACUCGCUGGUCUUUGUUCUACAUCUGGGCCUGGAAAGGGAAGAAUGUAUACGAGUUAUACAUUCACCGAUAUUUCAGCCGGUUUCAUAGCUCCAGCACGAGAAAAGUUUAAACAAUAUUUUGGGAUGCAUUACGCUACACUAGACAUAUCGAAAGAUCCUGUGGAGCAGGGAUUCGAGAGCGGGAGCUAUGACUUGGUGAUUGCAUCGAAUGUGCUGCACGCGACACCUAACAUUACCAGCUCCUUACGAAAUAUCAGAAAGCUUUUGGCACCAGAGGGGCGCUUUUUGCUUCAGGAGCUGAGUCACGACGUCCCAUUGUUUGACUAUAUAAUGGGGAUUCUUCCUGGUUGGUGGCUUGCGGACGACGGCCGGGAAAGGCCAUAUCUAAGUCCCGAGGAAUGGCACAAAGCCUUGCUUGAAACUGGCUUUACAGGUACUGACGUUGUGCGUCUGGAUAACGAGGCCCCCUAUCAUGUAAAUGCAAAUAUUUUGUCGAGCGUCCCAGCACCGGAAGAGAAUUGCGCUGGAAUAAUCAGUCUCCUUUACAAUGGCAAGAUUCCCGAGUGGGCUCGCCAACUUGAGUCUCAGCUUCUUUCCAGGGGUUGGGAUGUUCGAUGGCUUGCUUUAGGUGACAAACCAGCGGAAUCGACUGAUGUCAUCUCACUGCUGGACUUGGAUGAUCCCUUUUUGCACAACAUUGCCCGCGAGGACUUUGAAGCUUUCCAAAAGUCGAUUAUCUCUCUUCGAGGACAUCUUCUGUGGUUAACGAAGCCCACUCACGCGCUGUACGGUCAGACGCCUGACCCGCGAUAUGCGCUGACAUUGGGAUUGAUGAGGGUCCUUUGCCAGGACAUCGAGAUCAAGGCCAUAACAAUUGAGUUGAACCAGUGCGACAUGGAUGCACUCCGGGCUGUUUUAGACGUACUCAGUUCGGCCAAAGCUCACAAAGAAGAUUCGCUACAUGAGGCAGACUCUGAGUUCGCGCUACAUGAUGGCUUGUUACACGUUCCACGGUUUGGGUGGCACUCCACAGAAAAUACUGUGAGCUCAAUACAGAGCUGCCUACCUAGGGCCAUGGACGUGAAGUGCUUUGGCAUCUUGGACUCAAUCACCUGGCAAUUCACCGAUCGGUCUCGGAAGCUUGCGGCACAUGAAGUUGAAGUCGAAGUCAAGUAUGUUGGGUUGAACUUUAGAGAUGUAAUGAUCUCAAUGGGCCUGAUGGGAGCCACCGACCAAGUUGGCAUAGAGGGCAGCGGAAUUGUGCGCAAAGUGGGAUCAAGUGUGACCACGCUCCAAGUAGGCCAAGAAGUGGUUUUGUCAGGAAUGGGGCUUAUGUGUACUCGCAAAAUCCUGCCCGCUGACUCCUGCUAUCCUCUACCAGGAAAUAUGAGCUUGGCCGAGGCUGCUGCCACGCCCUGUAUCUUCCUCACCGCAAUCUACUCGCUGAUCACCAUGGCCAAUGUACAGCGAGGCCAGUCAGUUCUGAUUCACAGCGCUUGCGGUGGCGUGGGCCUUGCUGCUAUUCAAAUCUGUCAAAUGCUGGGGGCCGAGAUCUAUGUCACUGCAGGAAGUCCCGAGAAGAAACAGUACCUGAUGGACAAUUAUGGCAUCCCCGAAGAAAACAUGUUUGAUUCGCGCAGCAUGUCAUUCGUGUCGGGCAUCAUGAAGCGCACCAACAACCGAGGUGUCGAUGUUGUGCUGAACUCACUCGCAGGCGAGCUGUUGCAUGCCUCCUGGAGGUGCGUUGCUGAGUAUGGAAAAAUGGUUGAACUAGGGAAGCGCGACUUUCUCGGCCACGGCAAGCUGGAAAUGGAUAUGUUCGGCGGUAAUCGCGCCUUCUUUGGAGUUGAUCUCUUUAAACUCGGCAUGGAACGCCCGGAGAUUGUUCGCGAGACGGUCUCCAAGCAGAUGAAGCUACUUCAAGAGGGCAAGUUACACCCUAUUCGAUCGCUAAACCUGUUCGAUGCAACAGACAUUGUGAAAGCCUUUCGAUAUAUGCAAACCGGACAGCAUAUCGGGAAGAUCGUCAUUCGCAUGCCCGACGACCCUUCAGUACUGCAAGUAACUGGUGCCCAUGCCAGUAGCGCUCUGUUUCGAUCAGACGUUGCAUAUCUGCUGGUUGGAGGCUUGGGGGGCAUCGGCCGCGCAGUCGCCACUUGGAUGGUCGAAAGAGGAGCUCGCCACUUUGUCUUCGUGUCUCGGUCAGGCUCAGAUACUCCCAAAGCCAAGGUCUUCAUUAAGGACCUCGAAGCGCAAGCCGAAUGUGAAGUCAUGAUCAUCCAAGGGAGCGUUGCCAAUUUGGAAGACGUUCAGCGCGCCGUGAAGUGCGCAUCUCGACCCAUAGGUGGCGUGAUUCAGUUGUCAAUGGUUCUGCAGGAUCAACAAUUCAAUCAAAUGACUCACACGGAAUGGACUACGGCGCUCGCACCGAAAGUGGACGGAACCUGGAAUCUUCACCAAGUCACCAAAGACUUACCACUUGACUUCUUCAUUCUGUUCAGUUCCAUUAGCGGGCUAUGUGGUAUGACGGGCCAAGCGAACUACGCCGCUGCGAACACCUACCUUGAUGCUUUUGUUCACUUCCGCCGUGCUCAAAACCUUCCAGCUCAUGUACUUGACCUUGGGUUCAUGGGGGACAUCGGGUAUAUUCCAGAGAAGUCACAGCGCACGUUGGAGCUGAAUCGAAGCCUCCGUAUGCAGGUCUUGAGUGAGAGGGAUCUUCUGCAAGUAUUGGAGCUGGCGAUUCUUGGUGGGCCUUCCCAAAUUGCUCUCGGGCUUAGCACGACAGCAUCAUCUUCAGAAGCAAGCGCAAAACCAUGGUGGGCCCGGGAUGCACGGUUCGCAGCCUGGAACCAUCUCUCCACUACCGGUGGACCAGUUUCUGAUGGUGGGCAAGAAGAUGAGCUGCGUCGCUUCCUUGCUGAAGUCGACGAAGACCCAUCCAUUCUCGACGAUCCAGCGACCCACGAUCGGCUUACCUUCGAGUUGGGCAAGAUGAUUGCGUCUCAUAUGUCUUACUCGGGAGACAUGUCCUUAGAAGAAUUGGCCAAGAUCUCAAUAGACUCGCUGAUGGCUAUCGAGAUUCGAAGCUGGUUCCGCCGACAUGUGAAAAUCGAAAUCUCUCUCCUCGAAAUCGCCAACGCGGGAACUGUCGGGGGCCUCAGCAAAACGACGGUGAAGAUUUUGAAAACCAAGUACGCAUCUGAGGAGCUGAAGCCGGGUGACGCCGUUGCUAUGCUUGAUGCCAGUCAUGUCCAGAUCGAUGAAGUCGCUUUAUGUCGUCAAGAUUGUGAAUUGGGGCGAGACAUCCACCCUAUAGCGACGGCAGCUCCGGAAUGGCAUAUUCCCACUGAAGGUCAUGUCUUCUUUACUGGUGCGACCGGCUUUCUCGGAGCUUACCUUCUUUGCAUGCUGGCGAGUCUACCACACGUCAAACAGGUGGCCUGUCUAGUGAGAGCACCCAACGAACAAGUGGGUCUUGAUAGAAUCAAACGAACACUGCAAGACUACGGUCUACCGCUGGAUUAUGAAGCGAAGGUAAAGGCGAUUCCCGGAGACCUUGCCAAUCCUCAGCUGGGUCUGGGAACCAAGCAAUACAAGGAACUGGCUGAAUGGGCGAGUGUGGUGUUUCAUCUUGCUGCAGCAGUCGAUUACACCUUGCCUUAUUCGUUCCAUCGAGAGGCCAACAUCUUAGGGCUGUAUCAUAUGCUGCAAUUUGCCAAUACAGGUCGCCUCAAGGCAUUGCAUUACACUUCCACGAUCAGUGCUUGGGGCGCGGCCUGCCACAUAUCAGGCGAGCUGGUCCCGGAAGAUGCGCGGCCUUCAUUUGACCCAGACGAACAAGACCAGCAUAUCGGCUAUACUAGAAGCAAGGCCGUUGCGGAACAGGUGAUUUGGAAUGCCAUUUCUAACGGUCUUCCUAUCUCGAUCUACCGCCCUGGCUAUGUCACCGGACAUAGUGUGACGGGACGUACCAAAGCCUCCGACAUGAUGAAUUACCUGAUGAGUACCUGCAUUCGCAUCAGAGCCUAUCCAGCCGCACCCAGACUUCGCAACCAAUUUGCCCCUGUGGACUUCUGCUGUUCCGCCCUCCUGCGCUUGGCCUUGUCCCCUGCUAGCCUUGGACAUGCCUACAAUCUCGUGCGACCAGACCAGAAUCAAACCGUUACAUUUGAGGAGACCUUCACUUUGCUCAGCCAGCUAUGUUUGUCCCCACUUCGCUGUCUACCGCCUUCAGAAUGGGUGGAAGAGUUUGGAAGACAUGCCGAUUCGCGACUGAAGAGCAGUUCCUCAAUGGUAGCAGACGCGAUGAAGGAGUAUAUGAGGUUUUGGACAGUCGGCACGGGUGCUCUUGCCUACAUCGAGACUCAUAAUCUUCAAGAAGCAUUGAAGGAAUCUCCCGAGUUGCUCGCUGUUCCGAGUAUGCCUGAACUGAUGAAGACCUACUUCCCUAUCUGGGCUCCCCAGGAACAAAAGCUCACGUAA